ACCUCCCUCCUCCUACGUGUGUCUUCCCCUUUCUGUACUUCACCCUUCCACACUUCUUACUGACAUUUCAGCUGUGUCAACGGGAACUAGCAACGAGAGCAAACUACACAGUACAGAGAAAAACAACCUCUUGCAUCUGUAGCUAUUGAAUUGGCUGUUAAUGAUCUGGCUCAGCAUUCAUUUGAGAUCAUGAGGAACUGCAGUGGCUUGGCUGCAUGUCAGCAGCUCUGAAAAGUCUCUUCUGAAGCUUUUUUUCUGACCUGGACUGAACUCUGCUGAACCUGAAGCAGGUCUGGAAUGCGUCUAACACUCUUCACCCACUGGACAGCUUUCUACAAGAUACACCUUUCUAUCAACAAACAACAGUGGACUGUUGUCAAGGGAAAGAUGGCAUGCUUGAGGCGAUCGGUGGUCAGCACAGCACGCUGGAGAGGGCAACAGAAAACUGCUCUGCAAGAAGAAACUGUGGACUGCUAUACCUUUGAAACACCACUUUGGUAUGAGGGAGGUGAAUUUUUAACCAGGGGAGUUCCAGCUAACUAAAGGAACCAUGAACUCCACUUUAAAACCAGAAACAGGCAACAACUCAACAUGCGUUAAGAUUGGAGAGAGUGUUGUCAGUGACUUUCUGAUGUCUGUUUACAUACUGGCCUUUGUUUUUGGUUUGAUCUUCAAUGUACUGACCCUGGGCCCCAUCAUUCAACAAGUGAAGCAAAAAAAUGUCCUGGGAAUCUUCCUGCUCAACCUGUCUAUCUCUGACAUCCUUUUUGUCAUCACUAUGCCCCUUUGGAUAAAUUAUUACCGGUUUGACCACCGCUGGAUGCUAGGUUCUUGGUCCUGCAGUGUAGCUGGCUUUGUCUACUACUCUAAUAUGUAUAUCAGCAUCUACCUGCUUUGCUGUAUCUCUUUGGACCGCUGUCUGGUGGUCAGUUACCCACUCCGCUUCAAGACACACCGAACGUCUUGCUACGCCUGGAUGCAGUGUAUCGUAGUUUAUGCGGUAGUGGUGGUGAUACACAUCAUAAUGCUGGUCUCUGACAAUCUCAAAGAUGCCCAUGAUGAGAACAACAAUAAUGACCGUUGUUAUGAGACCUACCCCUUGGAGAAGCCUAUUGCUCUAUUCAACUUGCUCAGAGUAGGCUUUGGCUUCCUGCUACCCCUGCUAGUACUGGCAGUGAGCUACUGGAGGGUGCUAGCCACUGUGGGCCAAAGUCCCGGCCUGAGCGCCCAGGCUAAGAGGAAGGUCCGUCUUCUCUCCUUUGGAGUCAUUGGGAUCUUCUCAGUUUGCUUUGCUCCAUAUCAUAUUCUUUUGCUCAUACGCUCACUAGUAUUUUAUAACAACAAUUUUGAUACGAGUAACAAUGGGAGUUACUGCAAGUUUGAAGAACAAAUGCACUUCGUCUUCUCCUGUACGCUGGCACUGUCCAGUUUGAAUGCUGUGGUGGACCCGGUGCUGUAUGUGUUGGUGAGUAACGGAGUCUGGGAGCAGAUCAAACUAACCUGGAGAAGCCGCAGACGGACAGGACAAGAAGACUGUGCACUAACUGCUUACAAAAGAGGAAAAGCUGCCACUACUACGACUACUAAUUUAAUAUGAAUAAUAAGCUAUAUGUGAUAGACAAGUGUACAACUGUAUGUGUGUGAGUGUGCAUUGGCAAAAUAUAGGAUUUUGCAUGGCAGCUUUUUCAAAUAAAGUCUUCCUCUCAUGAGUUAAGUAGCAGGAUUAUUUCCAUCCCACUUGUGUAUGUUGUUUUGUGUAUGUAUAAAAGGCAAUCUUUGUGGUUACAUUUGUAUGUUAUAUCAUGCACAGUGUUAGGAGGAAGCUGAAUAAUGUAUGCAUCUCAGUCCUGGUUAAUGUGAUUGUAGUCUCGGGUUCUGCUCUCCCACAAGUUCUUCAGUGGAAGCCACUUCUGGUUUUGUUUUUAGACUCUGUUGUAGCAACUGAAGAGCACUUGUAUUUUUUUGUCCAAUCUAUGCAAUCAUAGCGUGACUGAGCAACCCUGAUAUAGUUAAAUAUGCAUUACCUCCAAUGCAUGCCAUACAAAGCCUUUAUUAGCAUAACUUUGUGUGCCCAGUGUCUAACAUAUUUAACAAGAAAUAAAUCAGUAUUAUGUCCAGG